AUGUAUGUGAUGGGUGACGCAGCAGAUGAUAUAUUUUUAUCAUUUCGCUUGAAACCUGCAGCAAGUCAGGAUUAUAAAUCAGUGCUACAAGCGUUCGAGGAUUUUUUUGUUGUGAGGCACAAUGUUAUAUUUGAACGAGCUAAAUUUAAUUCGAGGUUUCAAGAAGAAGGUGAGUCGGUGGAGAGCUUCAUGACCGCAAUUUAUAGAUUGUCUGAAACCUGCAAUUACGGUGACCUCAAAGAUGAAAUGAUUCGAGAUAGGUUGGUGGUAGGUGUGAGGGAUAAAGGGUUAUCCGAAAAGCUACAACUAGAACCAUCUCUAACGUUAGACAAAGCCAUCACUACAAUUCGCAGCAAUGUUUCCGUUCGUCGUCAGCAGCAAGAGCUUAAUACGUCAUCACCAUCAAUCAACCGUUUACAAUCAUCGAACGAGUCAGCAACAGUUCAAAAAAAACGAUUUUCGUCACAAAAUCCAACAACAAGUAGUCAUCAGAGGCAAAAUGACAUGAAACAACGGACCUCCAACAACAACAAAAAGAAAUGCGAUUUCUGUGGUAAUGAUCCCCACCCCAGCAAACACAAAUGCCCUGCAUAUGGGAAACGCUGCAGCAAAUGCAACAAGUGGAAUCAUUUCAGUUAUGUUUGCAAAUCUAAUAAACUCUCUGUUAAAAAUAUUAAUAGCGUAGCCGAGCAACCAGCACACAUUAAUAUAAAUGAAACCUUUAUUGGUACCUUUCACACUAAAGCAACUAGCAAUACCACUCAGUGGACCGAAGACAUUGCCGUUAAUGGUGUAAAAGUGAAUUUUGUUCUUGAUAGCGGUGCUCCGGUUAAUGUUAUUCCCCUGUUAGUUUUUAAUAAAAAAUUUUCUAACACUAUUUUGAAAGACAGUGAUCGCAAUCUUGUUGGGCCAGUUGGUGAAAAUUUAAAAAUAAUUGGUUCCUUUGAUGGAAAAUUAGAAUGCAAUAAUAGAUUUUUAUAUUCAACGAUUUAUGUCAUAGAACAAUUAAAAGCUCCUCUGCUAUGUUUGAGUGCAUGUGAACAAUUAAAAUUAAUACAGAGACUCAAUGCGAUCAAUACAAAUAACUGUGCACAGGUUCGUUCAAGUGUAAACAUUGAAUCAGAAUUCCCUAAACUACUUCAGGAAUUAGGCUGCCUUCCGGGGCAAUAUGAAAUAAAAUUAAAAUCCCCAAACAAUCCAUAUGCUAUCUAUACAGCACGCAGAGUACCCAUUCCAUUAAUAGGGAAAUUAAAAUCAAAAUUAGACGACAUGGUAAGGCUGGAAGUCAUCAAAUUCGUUGAUGAACCAACAGAGUGGUGUGCGCCACUUGUCAUUGUUCCAAAAGCUGAUGGAGACAUUCGCCUUUGUGUUGAUCUACAUAGACUAAAUGAGUGCGUUGAACGUGAAGUGCAUCCCAUGCCCAGUGCGGAUCACACUCUUGCGCAGUUAUCUGGAGCGAAAUUUUUCACGAAAUUAGACACGAAAAAUGGGUUUUGGCAGGUGAAACUUUCACCUCAAUCGCAGCUAAUGACAACUUUUUUGACACCAUUUGGGCGUUAUUGCUUCCUUCGGCUACCUUUUGGAAUUUCAAGCGCUCCUGAAAUUUUUCAGAAGCAAAUUCAGCGUAUAAUUGAAGGCAUUCCAGGGGUAUUGUGCCAAACAGAUGACAUACUCGUCUAUGGGUCCACAAUAGAAAGUCACGACGAUAACGUUCGUAAGGUUUUAAGAAGGUUGGAGUCUAAAGGGGUGACUCUUAAUGGUGCAAAGUGUCAAGUUGGCAUUACGUCCGUGACAUUUCUCGGACACAGAAUAGAUGACACAGGUAUUCAUCCAGGAAAAUCCAAGGUGGAAGCGAUCGAAGGAUUCUCAACUCCAAGCAACGUAACUGAAUUGAAAAGAUUCCUAGGUCUAGUCAACUAUUUAGGCAAAUUCGUUCCCGAUUUGGCAACAAUAUGCCAUCCACUGAAUGAUCUUCUGAGAAACAACGUCAGCUUUACCUGGGGUGUGAGUCAAAAUAAUGCAUUUUUAAAUCUAAAGAAAAUUUUAAUUACAGAACCCGUGCUGAAAAUGUUUGACCCAAGCCAUAAAACUAUUAUCUCGGCUGAUGCUUCCUCAUUUGGGCUUGGAGCUGUCUUGCGACAGGAAGAUAGUGACGGAUUUCUUAAGCCAGUCGCUUAUGCAUCGAGAACCUUGACUGAGACAGAAAAAGGUUACGCUCAAAUAGAAAAGGAGGCGUUGGCGAUAACGUGGGCGACAUGCGAAAAAUUUCGGGAUUAUGUCACAGGUAUGUCAUUCUUUAUUGAGACGGACCAUAAGCCAUUGGUUCCGAUUUUCACCUCCAAGAAUCUAGAUGAGUUGACACCCAGGUUGCAAAGAUUCAGAAUGCGUAUGUUGCAGUUCUUAUUCAAAAUUUUUUACACCCCAGGGAAAGAUUUAAUUGCAGCUGACGCCUUAUCCAGAAGCCCAGUAGUGUCAUCAAACCAAAGCCAAGAAAGCGAAGAAGACCUAAGCACUUUCGUGAAAGCUAUUAUCUCCGUCAUACCAGCAACAAAAACAAAAAUUGAUGAAAUAAAAACAGCCCAACAAAAUGAUGCGAUUUUAAACGAAGUUAAAAACUAUGUUCAAAAUGGUUGGCCCAUAAAACAAAAAACUUCUCCAGAAGCAAGGCAAUUUUUUAAUGACCGUUAUAGUCUGGCGAUUAAUGAUGGAAUGCUGAUGUAUGCCAACCGUUUAGUCAUUCCACAUAAAAUGCGCAACGAGAUGUUAACCAGAAUCCAUGAAGGCCACCUAGGUAUCAACAAAUGCAGAGCGCGUGCAAGGCAAUCGGUCUGGUGGCCGGGAUGUGCAGCACAGGUGGAACAUGUCGUCAAAGGGUGCGAAGUAUGCAUUCAACAUACUACCCCGAGGCAUGAACCACUUAUUCCAACGGAAACACCUAAGAAUCCAUGGCAGAUGGUCGGAGCUGACAUUUUCUUUUGCCAAUCAAAAACUUUUUUGGUAGUCAGCGAUUAUUUUUCGCGUUUUCCAGAAAUAGCUUUAUUGGAAAAUCAAUCUGCAAAAUGCAUUAUUUCUAAACUUAAAUCUAUUUUUUCCAGACAUGGAAUCCCAGAGGUAGUACGAACCGAUAAUGGGCCGCAGUUCAAACAGCUUGAGAUGUCCGAAUUUAGAAAUUUUGCCAGAGAAUGGGGAUUCACGCACAUCACCUCGAGCCCAAGAUUUCCACAAAGCAAUGGCUUUAUUGAAUCAGCCGUGAAAACAGUUAAACUCCUUAUGAAAAAAAACGAAGAUCCUUACCUUGCUCUUUUAGAGUAUAGAGCAACGCCAACUGCAAAUGGAUAUAGCCCUGCUGAAUUGCUGAUGAACCGAAGAUUGAGAACGACUUUACCACUUGCAUCUGAGCAAUUGCGUCCCAAGUUGAUUAAUUAUGAUGAACUUCAGCUCAAAGAACAAGCCUUAAAACGUAACCAAGCAAAGAAUUUUGACCAGAGACGAGGCGUCCACAAGCGUCAGGAAUUUUUACCUGAUGAUAUCGUUUGGGUUCGAGAUCUGCACGUUUGGGGCAGAAUUGUAAACAAAGCUAAUCUACCACGCUCAUACUACGUCGAGACCGAAAGAGGUACUUUUCGAAGAAAUUCAUUUCACCUUGUUUAUUCUUUCAGAAAAGAUCUUCCUAAAAUACAAAAUGACGUACAUAUUCCGGAGCCUACUGCUGAUUCACAAUCAACUCCUGUGUCUACCACUAGUGAAGAACCUAAAGGGGGAGAAGAAUCCACAAGAAACUCUGACGUGGAAACACAUCCCAACUAUCUAACAACAACUCGAUAUGGUAGAACAGUAUUGAAGCCGAGCAGAUAUGGCAUCAUAAAAUCACAUUAA